AUGUUCAUGGUGGCCGAGGAUCGGCGAUCGAGAAUGGCCGAGAAUCGGAGCGUACGCGUUCGUGGCGGCCGAGGAUCGGCGAUCGAGAAUGGCCGAGAAUCGGAGCGUACGCGUUCGAGAAUGGAGCGGCUGGAAUCUGUGGAGUGUAACGGAAUAGUCUAUAUGAUUGAUCGGGCGCAGCCCGCCACAAACAGGGUUUUCAUGGAGAUCACUUCUCAGAUAUCUCCACAAUUACAGAUCAGGAAUCUUCCAAAAUCAAGAAGAUUGAUGCAUAUGGCUAGGUCUCUUCACCUUACAAUUUAUAUGGCAAUUUGGCCCGGGGUUGUGGUGUGGUAG